AAAAUUCUCCCGCCUUUGUCGCAAACUCGUUGACAUGCGGCCUUAACUACAGAAGAUCGGGUUCUUGAGUAUCAUUGGAAGAAGGGUAAAUGACAUCGUCCAUCAGUCCCCUUAUGCGUAGCCCGCCCUUGCCGUGACCUGUUCCGAACCCAAGAGAAUUGAGUUUCGGCCUGUUCCUGCUGACACGCGCUGCCUCAAAGAACACAAAACCGUUUAACUGGAAAAGAACCUCGGCAACGUUCCAUGGCCUCGGCAACCACGCGCGGCCACGCGAGACGACAAUUUGUUCAUCUUGGUCAUCGAGGAAAGAAGGCAUAACACGCCUUGGAUACUGGGGCGUCGCUGAUACUUCGGUGAGAGUCGUUUAGCAGCGCGUCCAGAUCAGAUUUAAAAUAGCCCUAAUGACCAUGACAGCAGAAAACCUGGACAUGACCAAUGGUACGAAUAAACUUGGCUCUGUGACCCAGAAUGAAGCAGCACUACUUGCCUUGAUGGAACAGACAGGCUAUACCAUGAUACAAGAAAAUGGACAAAGAAAGUUCGGUGGGCCACCACCAGGUUGGGAAGGACCACCACCACCCCGUGGAUGUGAAGUCUUCGUGGGAAAGAUUCCUCGGGACAUGUAUGAGGAUGAAUUGGUACCAGUGUUCCAGAGAGCAGGAAGAAUUUACGAGUUUAGACUGAUGAUGGAAUUUAGUGGUGAGAAUCGAGGUUAUGCAUUUGUUAUGUAUACCACAAGAGAAGAAGCCCAGAAUGCAAUCAAAAUGCUGAACAAUUUUGAAAUUCGACCUGGAAAGUUUAUUGGUGUCUGUGUUAGCUUGGACAACUGCAGAUUGUUCAUUGGGGCAAUUCCAAAAGAGAAAAAAAAGGAAGAAAUCCUGGAAGAAAUGAAGAAGGUUACAGAAGGUGUUGUCGAUGUCAUCGUCUACCCCAGUGCCACUGACAAGACAAAGAACCGUGGAUUUGCCUUUGUAGAAUAUGAAUCUCACAGAGCUGCUGCAAUGGCCAGAAGAAAGCUUAUACCAGGUACUUUUCAGUUGUGGGGACAUACUAUUCAGGUGGAUUGGGCAGACCCUGAAAAAGAAGUUGAUGAGGAAACUAUGCAAAAAGUUAAGGUUCUUUAUGUGCGAAACCUGAUGAUAUCUACAACAGAGGAAACUAUCAAGAUGGAGUUUAACAAAAUCAAACCUGGAGCAGUUGAACGUGUGAAAAAACUCAGAGACUAUGCAUUUGUGCACUUCUUUGACAGAGAUGAUGCAGUUGCGGCGAUGAAUAUUAUGAAUGGGAAGUGUAUAGAUGGUGCUGGCAUUGAAGUUACCCUUGCAAAGCCAGUUAAUAAAGAUGGGUCUUGGAAAUACACUCAAGGUAGUCAAGUCAGUCUUAAUGGUGAAAGUCAGCGUCUGACAUUUACAAACAAAGAAGAUGGAGGACCUAAAACCCCAGGAAGAUCUCCAAGCUUAACAGCACGUUUGAAUGGUCAUCACAGUCCAUUAUCACCUGAAUUGGAGAGGUGCACAUAUCCUCUUUUUCCAGGGAUAAAGUUAACGCCUUUGAGUAUUUAUUCCUUAAAGCCAAGUCAUUUUCAAUCCUCAGUUACACACUUGGAGUAUUACUGCAACAAAAAUAACUGGGCACCACCAGAAUACUACUUAUACUCUACUACAAGUCAAGAUGGGAAACAGCUGCUUGUUUAUAAGGUAGUUAUUCCAUCCCUUGCAAACAGUUCACAAGGUACACUGAGCCAUUUUAUGCCUGAUAAACUCUGCACAAUGCUGGAAGAUGCCAAGGAGCUAGCAGCACAAUAUGCAUUAACACAUUUAGACUACAGUUUGCGUCGGACUAACUCAGUCAAUAGUUUAUCUCAAGUUGGUGCACCUCUCCAAACCUCUGCAUCUAGUUUGCUUCAGUACACAUCUAGACCUUAUUCUUAUCCUAGCUAUCCGUUGUCAACAACACUACCACUUGGCAACAAUAAUCAUAUUGGACAACGCCUGUAUGUUUCUAGUCAUGGCUCUUUCUUCUAACGUAUUGUAAAAGGUUUUUUGGGGAAAUGCAAGUUAGCUUUCUAAAAUGUUUGUGUUCAGUUGUUAUACUAUG